AUGGACAGGAUUUUCUCUGCCUUGCUGCUCUCUUUGCUGCUUCUCCUCCAGAGUUAUGGAGCUUGUGGGGCACCUCCACAGCCAAGAGGCACCCUGUGCAGAACCAAACCCACCGACCUGGUGUUCAUCAUCGACAGCUCCCGCAGCGUGCGCCCGCAGGAGUUUGAGAGAGUCAAAGUCUUCAUGUCCAGAGUGAUUGAGGGGCUUGAUGUGGGCCCCAACUCCACCCGAGUGGGGGUCAUCAAUUAUGCCAGUGCUGUCAAGAAUGAGUUCUCCCUCAAGACUCACCAAACCAAAGCUGGGCUCCUGCAAGCGGUCCGAAGGAUAGAGCCGCUCUCCACUGGCACCAUGACUGGCCUGGCCAUCCAGUUUGCCAUCAGCAGAGCCUUCAGUGACUCUGAAGGGGCCAGGGUGAGGUCUCCCAAUUUUAAUAAGGUGGCAAUCGUGGUGACCGACGGGCGGCCCCAGGACGGAGUGCAGGAGGUGUCAGCGAGGGCCAGGGCAGCUGGCAUCGAGCUCUUUGCCAUCGGGGUGGGCAGGGUGGACAUGCAGACGCUGAGGCAAAUGGCCAGCGAGCCCCUGGAUGACCAUGUGGACUACGUGGAGAGCUACAGCGUCAUCGAGAAGCUGACCCACAAGUUCCAGGAAGCUUUCUGUGUGGUGUCAGACCUGUGUGCCACUGGAGACCACGACUGUGAGCAGAUCUGUAUCAGCACCCCAGGAGCCUACAAGUGUGCUUGCAAAGAGGGCUUCACACUGAACAGCGAUGGGAAGACCUGCAGUGCUUGCAGUGGAGGGUUAGGAUCUGCCCUGGAUCUCGUGUUCCUGAUCGAUGGCUCCAAGAGUGUGAGGCCUGAGAACUUUGAGCUGGUGAAGAAAUUCAUCAACCAAAUUGUGGACUCUCUGGAGGUGUCAGAGAAGCAAGCCCAAGUUGGCCUGGUUCAGUACUCCAGCUCUGUCAGACAGGAGUUUCCACUGGGGCAGUUCAAGAGCAAGAAGGACAUCAAGGCAGCAGUCAAGAAGAUGUCCUACAUGGAGAAAGGAACAAUGACAGGCCAGGCUCUGAAGUACCUGGUUGACAGUUCCUUUUCCAUCAUCAAUGGAGCUAGGCCUGGGGUCCCCAAGGUGGGCAUAGUCUUCACUGAUGGACGAUCACAAGACUACAUCUCUGAUGCUGCUAAGAAAGCCAAAGACUUAGGCUUUAAGAUGUUUGCUGUGGGAGUUGGCAACGCAGUGGAGGAUGAGCUGAGGGAAAUUGCUUCAGAACCAGUAGCUGAGCACUACUUCUACACAGCUGACUUCAGAACCAUCAGCAAGAUCGGGAAGAAGCUGCAGAUGAAAAUCUGCGUUGAGGAAGAUCCAUGUGAAUGCAAAUCCAUUGUGAAGUUCCAGACAAAAGUGGAAGACCUCAUCAAUUCCUUGCAGAAGAAAUUGGACGCUGUAGCAAAAAGGAUUGCAGCCCUGGAGAACAAGAUCAUCUAAGAGCCCAAACCGGCGUCAAUUCCCCUCCUUCCUCACCUAACAGCACCACAGUUCCUUCACCUGGGAGGGAGGGUGGCUUGGCCACAGUGCUGUGGCCAGCUUGUGUUUAGAAUGAGUCUACCUGCAUUUGUUUAAGAGGGAAGAAGCAUAAAGUAGAGCAGACAUUGUAGAGCAGGCAGAGCACUGUGUGCGACCAACAGCUAAACCAUGCUAGCGUUUGCUGCAUCCUGU